UCACUUCUCUAUAGUGGCUGCAAGAUGCGCUCCUCAGCCCUCGGAAUAAUCCUCUGCCUACUGGUCCAGCCAUCUAUGGAGGAAAGCGGCGAUUUCCCCGAGACUGACUAUGAUGAAGAGGUGGAAGGAGAAGCGAGGAUGGCUUUCCAGUGUUUCACCAAGUUUCGCAUAAAUAAUACAACAGUCUUUUGUACUGCUACCAACAUAACUGCAGACAACAGACAGCCGGUUCGUUUCAAACUAUGCACAACAUCACAGUGUGAAACCAAGGGACAACAUGAAGCGAUUAAUAUUAAUCCAGUGUUUCAGGAUGUUUCUAUUUGUAUGAUGUGGAUAAGAAACACGUCCUGUCAGAAUUACUCUGUGAACAAAAAUGCCCUACCUGACCCUCCGUUGAAUCUAUUCAUCAAUUAUAAUAAUGAAACAGAGGAAUAUGUAUUUAAUAUUGAAACAUCUUAUAGAAAUUCUGAAUAUCUGAAGGAUAAGUUGCGUCAUGAAAUUGUCCUCCGCACUGAGAGAGAGGAAUGGCCAGAAUGUGAAAACAAAACAUACAGAAUUGCAAUCUAUAAGAGGUGUUUUGACACCACUACAAGUGACUUGCUGAUUUUAAAAAGGAAUCUUGAGUAUUCUACAAAGUACGAAGCCAGAGUUAGAUCAAAGACGUAUGGUGGUUACUUUGCAGGACCGUGGAGCCAGUGGAGUAAAACAGUCGUCUUUGAAACAGAUACAGUAAAGAAUAAAACAGAAGGGGAUUUUCUCCUGGUCAUUUUAAGUACUGUUAUUGUACUGGUCCUGCUGUUUGUAGCCGUAUUAAUUGCAGUGUUCUGGAAAAGAAGUAUAAAGCCUCUGGUGUGGCCAGAAAUUCCGGACCACAAAACUACGCUGGAGAAAUUAUGCAAGAAACCAAAAAAGGAUCUUCACAUGAGUUUUAAUCCUGAUUAUUUUGAGAAUAUGCCCAUUAAUAAAGUAGACUACAUGAAAGCACUUGUGAGGACAGAAGACAGUCUGCAAUUCAGUACGACGGACAUCCCUGUGGAAAAACCUCUUAAAGCGAAUGCCUGCAAUAACAUCUCAUCUCCAGGGGAGGGCAGCAGAACAGUUAUCACUACUACGACUCGUGAUGACCUUUCAGAUCACGUGAAUGGAACUGAGACUCUUGGAGACAACUCAAUGGAGAAUCCUAAUGCUAAUGUAUUGCCGUCCUGUGCUAGUGUCUCUGAAUGUACUCCAUCAAAUGAUGGCUGUACAGUAAUGUCAGGCCCUGGAGCAGGAACUGCACCCAUGUGUCCGGAUAAUGUAAAACAGCCAAACAAUGGGUUAAAGGUAUUAUGCUGGGAAGAGAUUUAUAUUGCUAUGUCAGCCUUCAAGACCCCAAAUGCUGCUGUAAAACAGGUCCCCCAUAACCGUUUCUAAUGCUUCAUACAACAUGACGGACGGAACUCAGAGUUGGUGAAGGGGCCCAGUGUACACUAGAUGCCCCCGCUACCUCCUUAGGUAUCUAACCUCUGAUUGCAGCCAGACUCGACCACAGGAGUGCAAUGGAAAUCCCUGGUGGGCCUCACCAAGGCCGUAGAGAGCCACAUCGGGCCCCGGUAAAGGGGGAACAUGGCAUAAAAAAGGGGCGUGAUGACUCCCGUUAGUAUAAAAUUAAUUAUAUAAUAAAAUAAUUGGGCACCCGCUUCCUACCUUACUUGAACAGGAAGCGGGUCCCUCUUCCCUUGCCAGUCCCAUCUUCCCAGUGAUGCUUGGGAAGAGGACGCUGGCCACUAGAGAGCAAACACUCUGGCACACUGUCAAAGUCUUUGUUGUUUAUGUGCAGCGCCAUAUUCCCAAAGAGAUCAUGGCAACAGCACAGGUAUACUGCUGGGGGGGAGUUCUGACCAGUGCCGUUCCUCUCGGCGCCUCACUGCCUGGAGACCCCUACUCUUCUUUGUUACAGGGUCAGGUACCUAGGAGAGCAGGAAUAUGGUAAACAGACCAUGUACUGUAGUAUCAAGGUUGUCUGCAGGCUAUGUCCUCUAUAAUGUUUGGCCAAGCCUCUGUGGUGGCAUGUGCCCCUACCACUGCCCUUCAUGCCCUAGUCUGGUACUGCCCCUGAUGCUGCACCUACAACCCCACCCCCUUCCUAUCAGUUAGAUUGUGGGGCCAAUGUAUCAAUACUAGCUAUUUUUCUCUAAAAAUAUUGGUAAUAAGAAUUACGUCUAGUAUGGUAUGUAAAUUUAUGACGUUCUGAUAUGGCUGAGCUUCAGCGUAUGUGUUGCCAUUGGCAACCGUUCAUUACCAGAAAGGUCAAUCAAAAAAAUAUUCCUCAUGACAUGCUACGUAGCACUGGCUCAGUAAUAAAGUGUUCCUGGGAUUUUCUUUAAAUGUUGGCAACAAUGAUUUCGAGAAAUGUUGUCUAUACCGUACGGCUGCAAACCAGGUAAAUACAUGAGAGCUGCUGGACAGACAGCAGGGGGCAGUAUAAUCCUGGAGUGCUGGCCACUGCACUGAACCUGGAAUUCUGUUUUUUAUUAAAUGAAAUUGCUGCUCUAAUGAUAUCUGCUGGUUCCACAUAUACAGUAUUAUACAGUUUUAGUUACAAUGCUUUAUACUACUUUGAAUCAUAUACCUCUAUUUUGUGUACUGAUCAGAGCCGGAUUAAGGCCACGGGGGCCCCUAUUAAAGAGGAACGCAGAUGAAGUCCAUCACUAUAUAUAUAUAUAUAUAUAUAUACAGUAUAUAUGCACUGAUGACCCUGUGAUGGUUACAGUGGUAGACUCUGUAACAUAGGGGGUCAUUCUGAGUUGAUCGUAGCUGUGCUAAAUUUAGCACAGCUGCGAUCAGGAACACUGACAUGUGGGGGGACGCCCAGCACAUGGCCAGCCCGCCCCGCAUGUCAGUCCCUGCCCCGUGGCUGAAGUACAAAAGCAUCGCACAGCGGCAGUGCUUUUGUACUACAGGAGUAGCUCCCAGCCAGCGCAGCUUUUGCGCACUGGCCGGGAGCUACUCAUCACUGCCCGUCUCGCAGCGGCUGCUUGUGACAUCACGCAGCUGCUGCAGCCCGCACCUCACACGGUCCGGCCACGCCCGGUCCGCGCCCACAAAAUGGCGGCCAAAUGCCGCCGUGCCGCCCACUUCCGUCUAGCAAACGCCUCUGCCUGUCAAUCAGGCAGAGGCGAUCGCUAGGAACGACAGCCGUCGGCUGUCAGCCAUGCGCCUGCGCACUGCGGCGCCGGUGCAGUUCUGACCUGAGCGCUGUGCUGCGAUAAACUGCAGCGAGCGAUCAGGUCAGAAUGACCCCCCUAGUUCAGAAGAGGACUGCACGGCCUGCACCUUCCUCUCUUCAUCCUCUCUUCCACCCGCCCCUCCUUCAGUGCAGCCUGCUCGCUGCGGCAGCGCUGCCAGUCACUGAGCAGCGGGCUGCAACCGCACAUUCCACUUGACAGCCAUCAGCAGCGGAGCACUGUGGUUCUGGCAGCUUUAACACCUGUAACUGUGGAGCUGGUGCAGGCUGCAGCGCCAAAUAUCCAUUGCGGGGGGGAAGGGGGCCUCUCAGAGAGGAGGGCACAGGGUACUUGCCCCCAGUGCUUCACCCCCACUUAAUCCGGUACUGAUAUUGUUGCUAAGAAUGUGUUGCACCAUAUUAUGAAUGUAAUCUGCAGGUGAAAGUGACAUAUGAAAUGCAUCUGUUUAAAAAAAUGAACUUAUUUAUGAUUUUUCGAUAUAUAUUCAUUGACAUAAAUAUAUACUGAUGUUAGAAGUAA